ACAAGAAAUCUAGAGAGAAUUUCCUCCCAAUUCAUUAUUCUUUCAUGGUAUUAAAGCCAAAACCCUAGAAAUUUUAUGCGACUACUGUUCACAAUCGCCCGGCAUGGCGUCCAUCGAUCGUUGCUCAGUUUUAGUCGGUUGUUGCUGUUGUCGGAUAACAGAACGGUCGACUGUUGCUCUAGAACGGUCGACCACGUCGACCGUCCCGUCGGCAGAAUGUUUGAUUGAUGUUGCUGUUGAUUCUUCCGCCACCGCCGUACGCCCCUCUGCUACCGCCAUGGUCGAUGAACAACCAAGGAAGAUGUUUUUCUCCCUAUUAUCGUGUGUUUCUAGUAUGAAGCUUUCAGGUGCAUCUCUUGAUACAGGAAGUACAAAUGAGGUUAGCUCUUAUGAUGAAGAUGAAGAACUGCGGACGGAAGAACAGAUGGACCGUUCAAGGAGGGACGGUCGACCGGAGGAAAGCGGCAGAGCAGACCGGCUACAGACGGUCGACCUGAUGGACCGUUCCGAUGUCCACGGUCGACCGUCCGAGAGGCAGAAUGACGGAUUUCUGAGAGAUGACCGAACGGUCGACCUGGUGGACCGUCCUGAUAUCCACGGUCGACCGUCCGAGAGGCAGAAUGACGGGUCCAAAAUUCGUUGGAUUAGUCCAGGAGUUGAAUCCAGAGUUACGGACUCGACCGCGACCGCAGUUCGGUCGUCCACCGCGUCCACCAUAGCCAUACCCGCGUCCGCCGUUGCCCUGAGAUUGUCCGCCGUGAAGCUGUCCGCCAUAGUGUUGUCCACCGCCACUACCGCCUUGCUGUCCGCCGCUUGCAGGCGCACCACCGCGGCCUUGCUACCGGAAACCGGCGUGUCCACCGUGGCCGAGGGUGGCCAGGGCAGUCCCCUCAUCGCCGAGAGCAGUUUGUGGUCGACGUUGUCCUUCGAGGAGGAGAAGUGCAGAUCGGGUCUCCAUGAAAGUUGGUGGGGGGUUUUUGGAAUUGCAGAAAGGACGCCUGGGAGCCGAGAUCCUCGGGAAGGCCACGUAGGGAAAGACAAACCACCGCUCUCCUCCGUCAUUCUCCUGUCUCAACUCUUACUGAUUGUGGCGGUGCAGUCGCCGUCCGCCUCUAGUCCGAUCAAGAUUGUGGUUGUGCUUGUAAUGGAGAACCGCUCCUUCGACCACAUGUUGGGAUGGAUGAAGCAGAAGGUCAAUCCGGAGAUCGACGGCGUUGACGGGUCUCAAUUCAACCCGAUUUCCACGGCCAUACUACAUUCCUUAACACUCCCCUUCAAAUUGAGCAUGAGCUUAACGAAUGCACAACUUGGACGAUUAAAAAAACUAGGACUAAAAGAACUUGAUAAACAACUUGAACUUGAUCUACUGUGACAACAACGAACGAAGGUGACUGGCCCUGCAAACGAACAAUAAAUUUUGAUGACGAAU